GAGAAAAUUUCCAAAAUUAGAAUGUUCAUACUUUUCAGGGCGAACUAAAAAGGAAUUGGUGCAUACGUUUCAGGGAUGGGGAGUAGAAUCCAUUUUCUAACUCUACUAAAUCAUAGCUUAAGCAAAUAAAAUAUGAAAACCAAGAACGGCAGAAGAAAAACAUUACCUGUUCGAUAACAUUAUUCUAUGUUCAAUCAAUUUCCCCAAUUUAUAGAUUUCAACACACUGAAGUCUCAUUCUAGAAUUAUAUUAACAACUCCUAAUAAGCUCAGGUAUUAUUGAUUAAGAUGUCAAUUUAAUCUCCAAUCAAAUUAAAUUACUCAUCUCCCUAUUGUUGUAGUACAAUCAACAUUCAUUCAUAAAAUGCUAUUUAGAAUAGGCCAGCUUAAUUGGUUCUCCGGUUCUCGGGUACCUGGAACCGGAACCAGAACCGACCGGGUAAUUGAGGAAUCGGGAACCGGAGAGCCGGUUCUGGUUCCGGUAUCGGCUCUAAUGUUUUUGAAAAUUCCGGUUCCGGUUCUACCCGGAACCGAAUAAUAUAUCAAUUUUAGAUUUUAUAAAAUUAAAUUUUUUUAUUAAAAUUAAAGUAUAGUAAUUAACGGAAAAUAUUUAUUAAUAUUUGUCAAGGUUCGUUUUAAUUCUUUAAUUUUGCUGAAUGUAUUCUCUUAGCUACUUGGAUAUUGCUUAAAAUAAAUGCUAGAUUGGGUUGACCAUAUGAUUUUCCAAUUUAUGUGUUUGGAUAUUAUACUUUAUUUAUGAAUUCUAUUAUUUACUAUUAUACUCAUCGAGGAAACAUGCGAAGGAAAUACCAUAUCCGCUUGGCCCAAGAUUGGAUUUGUUUGAAAACAACCAAGGUGGCGUUCAUUCAAUCAAAUCUUUUAUGCCUAAUUACGGUUCAAGACGAUGAGCGAUCAGGGGACUUCUUUCUCCGGAGAGCCUAAUGGGUGGAAAGAUGCAAAGAGGUUGAUCGGUUGCAAAUUCAGUGACCCAACGGUUCAGAGUGAUAUGAAUUAUUGGCCAUUUAAGGUCAUUCCUGGCACUGAUAACAAGCCUAUGAUCGCGGUAACCUACAAAGGAGAGGAGAAACAAUUUUCUCCUGAGGAGAUCUCCUCAAUGGUGCUCAUUAAAAUGAAGGAUAUCGCCGAGGCAUAUCUUGGAUCAACUGUGAAGAACGCUGUUGUGACGGUGCCUGCUUAUUUUAACGACUCUCAACGUCAGGCCACCAUGGCCGCUGGAGCCAUUGCCGGCCUUAACAUUUUGAGGAUCAUCAAUGAGCCUACUGCUGCAGCCAUUGCGUACGGUCUUGAUAAUGGGGUUACCAGCUCGGAGCCAAAGAAUGUGCUGAUUUUCGACCUUGGUGGUGGCACGUUUGAUGUGUCUGUGGCCACAAUUGAGGCAUAUGACAUUGUAGUUAAGGCUAUCGCCGGUGAUACUCAUCUUGGAGGCCAGGACAUGGACAAUAGGAUGGUGGAUCACUUCAGCAAAGAGUUUGAAAAGAAGACUGGUAAGGAUAUUAGUGGGAAUGCAAAAGCUAUGAGGAGAUUGAGGAAUGCUUGUGAAAGAGCCAAGAGGGGUCUUUCCUCUGCUUUCGAAACUCCAAUUGAGAUAGAAUCAUUGAUAGAUGGGAUUGAUAUGUUUUCGACUAUUAGUCGUGUUACAUUUGAUGACCUCAACAUGGAUUUAUUCAACAAGUGUAUGGAGCUUGUUGAGAAAUGCGUGAGUGAUGCAAAGAUGGAGAAAAGCAGUGUUGAUGAGGUGUUGCUGGUGGGGGGCUCGAGUAGAAUUCCUAAGCUGCAGGAGAUGUUGAAGGAGUUUUUUGAUGGGAAAGAGGUGCGCAAGACCAUUAAUCCAGACGAGGCUGUGGCUUAUGGUGCGGCAGUGUUGGCCGCCAAGUUGAGUGGUGAAGGAAAUGAGAAGGUGCAAAAGCUCAUUCUUUUCGAAGUUACUCCAUUGUCCCUUGGUGUUGAAAUUAUGGGACAUCUGAUGUCAGUGUGUAUUCCAAGGAACACACCAAUCCCAACUAGGCGGGUGUGUACUUAUCGCACGCUGUAUGACAACCAAACCGCUGCAGGUAUUCUGGUGUAUGAGGGCGAAAGAAGCAAGUCAAAAGACAACAACCUGCUGGGUGAAUUCACACUCAAAGGCCUACCAGCAGCGCCCAGAGGUGAUGUUGAAGUCAAAGUGUGCUUUGAAAUCGAUGAGAAUGGUAUCUUGAAUGUGUCAGCAGAGCACAUACAGACUGGAAUAAAGGACAACAUUACCAUCACUAACGACAAGGCCAGACUGUCUAAUAAAGAAAUCGAAAGGAUGAUUCGGGACGCAACAAAGUACAAGGAGGAGGAUGAGGCGUUUAGGGAGAAGGUUAAGGCCAGGUCUAACUUGGAGGACUACGCCUACAAAAUGAGAAACUCCAUUAGAGGUGCAGCAAAGAUCACAGCAAAAGACAAGAAGAAGAUGGAGGAUGCUUUCGACUCUUUCAAAAAGUGGUUGGAGUCCAACAAACAUGCAGAGGUUGCUCAUUAUAUAAACAAGAUGAACGAGCUUGAGACUGUUUUCAAUCCCAUCAUCGCCACGAUGAAUUAAGAAUGAAAAGUGAUGAUUGGCAGGAUUACAUGGUAUGGACCGUUUCCAGACUCUCUAUUCCAGACUAUCUAUCUUUACUUCAUACUAGUAUUUGUGUUUGUUUGAUGAUUCCCAGAUUGUUUGGUUUAAGUGUUACUCCACUAUAUUGGCUUUGACUAUUGUUUAUUUUAGUCUAUGUUAUACUCCUCUAUUUUUAAUUAUAUUUUCAUCUAUUUUGUUA